GGCCAGGGACUCAGAUUUGCGUUCCUAACAUGACUUAUAACGGCCCAGUAGUCUAUCCUGAGGACCUGUCCACCAAUCCUCGCUGCCAGGCCCAACAAUACAGCAUUCGAGGUGAUAGUUGCCGUACUAUUGGCAAUAUGUGGGGACUAUACGACUACCAGAUUUGGAAUGCUAACACAUGGGCAACACCAACCAGUCCUCCUUCCACUAUCACUGUAACAGCUUCUACGACUCCUGUGACCGCCUCUCAAUUCUCACCUACCAUGGAUUGGAACGCCCAUCUGUAUCCCGAUCCCAGCUGUACGCCCGACCUUGAGUACGGGGGUCCCAAUGCCCAACGGCCCACCUUCAGGGAGCCCUAUGCCCACCCGCACGCUCAUAGUCCCGUCCUUAGCUCCGGCGUGACAAGUUCCUCAACCUAA